AUGACUGUCCCAACGACCGGCUACAAAGCUUACGACGCCCUCACCCUCCAGCAUGCCUUGAAUGCUGGUGAGAGUGCUGCAGCACUCAAAAAGACAGUUCAGGAGCUUCAAAGAAUUAUGAGAGGCCAGAUCCGCGAUAUCACCCGCAGCACUGGCGAGGUGGCCAACGCUGCAGCCAAGGCCGAGCAGGCAAGACAGCUGGCUCUCCAGGAAGAGCUCAAAGCUGUCGAAGUUCGGUCAGACAAAGCACAGAACAAUGCUGCGCAGGCUAUGAUGGUGGCUGAAGCCAAUAACGAGAAAGCCGUCGCAUUUGCUGCCCGCGACCCUGCCACUGCUGGCUCCAGCAACGUCAACCAGCAGCAACAGCAGAAUCAGCAGCAGAAUCAGCCAGUUGCCUCUCAGGGUCGUCGUCGCCACUGCCGCCGCCCCCGUGACCCUAACCACAUCCCCAAAAGUGGCUACACGCUUCACUGCAUUCAUUGCGGCGUUCGACGUAGCCGUAAUGAUGAGGUCCGCCGUCACCUCCGCAAGGAACACUACCCAACUCUCUUCCCAGGCCUUGACCGCAACGCUCUCUUGGCGCAAGCAAGACUGGACGCUCCUUAG